AUGUCCGACAAGCAAGCCCUCGAAAUCUUCUGCCAGCAGCGGGUCUCCCGAUCCAUGAUCCACUACCUCGUGUCUACCACCCAGACCGUCAUCAAGUGCGACUCUUCCAUGCCCUCUCCCCCUCCCUCUCCCGCCGACUCUCAGGGCUCCUCUGCAUCCUCCAACUUGCCCACUCUCUACGAGUUCAUCUCUCAUCUGGUUACCUCUUCCAACGUCCAGACCCCCACUCUCAUGACCUCUCUGGUCUACUUGGCCCGACUGCGGUCUUCUCUGCCUCCUCUGGCCAAGGGCAUGCCUUGCACCCCCCACCGAAUCUUCCUGGCCUCUCUCAUCAUGGCCGCGAAGAACCUCAACGAUUCGUCCCCCAAGAACAAGCACUGGGCCAAGUACACCAUGGACCUCUUCUCUCUGCACGAGGUGAACCUCAUGGAGAAGCAGCUUCUGUUCCUGCUCGACUGGGACCUGCGAGUCCGACCUCAGGACCUCUACACCCACUUUGCCGUCUUCCUUUCGCCUAUCAAGGCCGAGCUCCGAGAGCGAUACGCCGUCGAGCACUCUGCUCCUUCCCGACGAGCCGUCCCCCAGCAAUCUCAUCACUCUCACCAGGUCUACAAGAGCUCAUCGAUGGCCACCGCAGGUGUUCCCCACCUCACCCACUCUGUCUCCCCUCCCGAGACCCCCCGACCUCACACUCGAGCCCCCUCUCUCACCAUGUCCGAGUCCUCUUCCACUUCGUCCAUCUCUUCCAUUGGCUCCGCAUCGUCUACCGCAUCCUACUCUCGUUCUCGACCCCAUUACACUCUGCCCCAGCAGCACUACGUCAAGCAGGAGUACAAGCACGAGCACUACAACGUGCCUCAGCAGCAGUACUACGAGGUUAGAGCAUAG